UUAGCUAUAGUAAAGCACGAUGCCUUCGACGAAGUCAGAAUCGGACGUAACAAGUCUCGCGGCUUCUUCGUCGUCGCCAUCACGAUCUUCAAAACGCACUUUCUACUACGUACAGAGCCCGUCACGUGACUCUUCCACGUCCGUUGUACAGCCUAGUCCGAUGGACUCCCCCACACAAGAUUCUUCCUCCCUGGGACGUCACUCCCGUAACUCAUCGGCGAGCAGAUUCUCCGGGUUGUUCCGAUCAUCUUCCUCGGGGAGAAAAAACAGCAUUAAAUGCAUGCCUAAAGAGAAACAAUGUAAGAUCAUACUCGAAGAAGGAGGCUCGUACGAUGAAAUGGACGACGUGACGUCUAUAAGAAAGUGUCAAGCACUACUUGCCGUUUUCACUUUGGUGGUUCUCUUCACCUUCUUGUGCUUCAUCGCAUGGGGAGCUAGUAGACCUUACAAGCCUCAAAUCUCUGUAAAGACGUUCGAACUACACAACUUUUACGUUGGUGAAGGAUCAGAUCACACUGGGGUACGUACCACAGUGCUUACUAUAAAUGGAACACUAAGAAUUGGUAUUUACAACCCUGCUCCAGUAUUUGGUGUUCAUGUUAGUUCCACUCCUAUCAAUCUCUUCUUCUAUGAACUCCCCAUUGCCACCGGUCAGUUGAAAGAACAUUAUCAAACUAAGAAGAACCGAAGAACGGAAUCAGUGGUUAUAGAAGGGAGAAGAGUUCCAUUAUAUGGUGCCGGAGCAAGGCUAGAGGCUACGGAGAGAGGUGGAAAGAUUCCGGUGGAGCUGAUAUUUGAGGUUAAGUCGAGAGGAGAUGUGGUUGGCAAACUGGUCAGGAUUUGGCACACGAAGCGAAUCUCAUGCACAUUUGUCAUCAAUGUUGCUAGUAAUAAUCCCAUACCGUUCAAUAAGAGUUCUUGCCGCUAUUCAUGAUUCCUAUAUCUAUCUAGUAACGUGUAAUAUUUUGGUUAUUAGUAUUGCAUACAUAAGCAAGAUGUGGUUGACCAUGUAAACGUUAUAAUUGCUAUUAAUUUGCUAAUUUUUGUUAA